AUGGCGACGGCAUUCUUGAUGGGAGGUUACAACUUCAACCCGGAUAAAGACAUCCCUGAUUUGACCGGGAAAGUGAUUGUGGUCACGGGUGGCAACUCUGGCCUCGGACUGGAAACGAUUCGACAAAUCGCCAAGCACAAUCCGGCGCACAUCUACCUGGCUGGUCGUUCGAAAGAAAAGGGGGAGAAAGCAAUCGAAGAUUUGAAAAAAGAGGGGGCCAGCGUCUCACCGAUUACUUACCUUCCUCUUGACCUCGCGUCAUUUGAAAGUAUCAAAGCCGCGGCCAGGACAUUCAAUGAGUCCUCCCAGCGUCUCGAUCUUCUCAUCAACAAUGCUGGCAUCAUGGCGACGCCUGAUGGCCUCACGAAGGAGGGAUACGAGAUCCAGUUUGGCACAAACCACAUGGGCCACGCGCUCUUUACGCAACUGUUACUCCCGGUUCUCAAAAAGACAGCAAGUGAGAACCCGGACGUGAGGGUUGUCUUCCUCUCCUCUGCUGCGGAAGGCUGGGCCCCGAAAGACACGUACCAGCUUGACAAGCUCAAGACCAAAAUGCCUGAGACUGCGAGUCGUUUCCGUUACGGCAUUUCCAAGGUGGCGAACAUUCACUAUGCAGCAGCCCUUGCCGAGCGCAAUCCAGAAAUCAAAGUGGUUAGCGUCCAUCCAGGCGUCGUGGAUACCAACCUCGCCGAGUCCAUCAUCAAUAACUCCAACUUCCUCAUCGGGAUGGUAGUGUACCUCGGGACCAAAGUGGUGGCGGUAAGUCCGCAAAAGGGGGCUUUGAACCAGCUGUGGGCUUCCUUCAGCCCUGACGUCAAGAGCGGUGCUUUUUACCAUCCAGUCGGUGUGAGCGGUAAGGGCACCCGCCUUAGUGAGGACAAGAAUAAGAGGGAACAACUGUGGAAGUGGACGGAAGAUGAACUUCGGAGCCACCUUUAG